AUGCCUUUCAAGCCGCGAUCUCUAGGACCAUCAAACGGAGAUAAGCGACAGAUCCCCGACCGCGAAAACCUCUCUGGCGCCUUGACUCACCAGCGAGAAGAGGUUGGAGUGACAGUCCUCCAGGCUCGCCCCGUUCGCCGCCGCAGUCAUGGUCCUCCUCGGCGAGCCCGGCCUCCAGAGCGGGGCAUGUCUAGCCGGGCCGAGCGGGGCAGCACAAGCAGCAGCAGCCGCACAGGCGCCGAGGGGGGCGGGCCCGGCGGCGGCGGCGGCGGAGGCAGAGGAAAGGGCGGCGGCGGCGACGGUAGCAGCAGCAGCAGCAGCGGCCGCCACUCGGCGCGGGAGGGGCUGCCGCUUCCGCCUUCCCACUCGCUCGCCCGCCCGCGUCGGGCCAAAGAAAUGAAGAUGGGGGGGGGGGGAAAGGAGGUGGUGCGGGAAAAACGAGGCGGGCGGCGACGACAAACGAAAAGACAUAACACAGAAGGCUGGCAGGGCUCGGGGGCUCUGACAGCAAUGGCGGCCGCCAGGAGCAGCGCGCUUCGCCAUUGGCCCGACGCGGGUCACGUGGGGCGGGCGUCCCGGCUGGACGCAAAAGGAGGAGGAGGAGGAGGAGGACACUGA